ACCUGCGGAGCUGCACGGCCCGGCCGGCCAUGGCCGCGCUCCUCGGCCCUGUUUUGUUCGUGUAUUUCACAUGUAUAUCUACUGUCCAGACUACUGACUGUCUGCAUUUGAGGGAGCAAUGUAUAAAUGCUGCAAAUGGAUGUGAGAGUGUCUGGAAUGUUGUUGAAGAUGCCUGCAAUAUUUCAGAAUAUUUGGAAUCUUUCUCAGGUUCAGACACUGAACUGAGUUUUAGGCAGCACAGAAACCCCAAAGACAAAAGGCUCUCAGAAGAAUUGGAGAGCGAUUGCCGUGUUGCAAAACAACGCUGUCGAGAGGACCCUUCGUGCUUUGCCCUGUACAGGAGCUUCCAGAGAGCGUGCCAGGCAGAUGCAGCCAAAUGCAGGUUUCCAAUGAUCAACCAGGAAUGUUUGUCAGCAUGGAAAGAACUGAUGAAAACAGUGCUGGGACGGUGCAAGUGCUCAGAGCCACUUCAGAUGAGAUGCAUUAAAAUAUGGAAGGGAAUAUUUAACAACCCUUGUGUACAAUACUUUCAAGAGAGCCAACCUUCAGCACCCAGUGGACAUGAUGACGACAGUGAUGAUGACAACUAUAAUGCUGAUGUUGAUGAUGAGAAAAAUCUGGUCACUGACACAGACAAUCUUAGUAUGGAAACAAAAGUACAAUGGGGUUUAUCUUCUCUCUCGAAACAGGUGUACACAACAAAUAGAACCUGUUUGGAUGUGAACAGGGAGUGCGUUGAAGAUGAAGUAUGUAACAAACAGUUGUCCCUGUACCUUAAAGUUUGCUCAGUAAAUAAGAAGUGCAACAUGGAAGAAUGUCAAGCAGCCAUAAGGUUCUUCUAUCAAAACAUGCCUUUCGAAGUUGCUCAAAUGAUGAUAUUUUGUGAUUGUGUCCAGCACGAUGAAUCCUGCCACAGAGCCAAAGAACUUCUCCAUGGCAAGCCCUGUGCAGUUACUGCAGUUCCAGCCCCAUCGUGCCUGAACGUAAUCCAUAUGUGUGAAGAGAAUGAAUCGUGCAGGAAAAAAUACACAACUUUUCAGUCGAAGUGUUGGAGACAUGUGACAAAGAAAUGCUACGAUGAUGAAGCUUGUCUUGAAACUUUAAUCAAGGAUGACAUGCCCUGUUCUGCAAAUGCUGAUUGCAAAGCAGCCUACAUUAGCAAGUGGGGCACGAUGCUGCACAUGGAGUGUACCUGCCAGAAUCUGCCUCCCGUGGAGCAGUCUUUGUGCAAGCUCUUCCAUCACAUGCUUCACAGCAAAUCCUGCUUCAGUGAGUUACGUCAAAUUUCCGUUCAGAAGAAUGAUUUUGGCUGGGUAAAUACAGAAAUGCCAGAGGAAAAACCUUCAGGAGCACAGCUCCAUUCUUCUGCAAUUAAUGGUGAAACAGUCUACAUUAUUGCCUACUCCUCCUGCAUAGCUCUCAUACUAGGAAUAGUCCUGUUGACUCUCCUCAACAUCAGGAAAGACCCGAAGUGCCUUAUUCUCCCCUUGCACUGUACUGGGAGUCAUGGUCCCUAACACACCAUUCUGGAUUCCACUUCCUGGCUUUGAGCUCUGGACUUCUCCCUGUAGCUGAGUUGUUUGGCUAGAUUUAAGCUUAUGUUUAUUACCAAUUAGCGGUCUUUGUCAAAUCUUGGUAACAGUCUGGUUCUGGUGAGCACAGGAUAAUCAACUGGCAUUUCUCAUUCAGCUGUUACCAAUGAGUAGCACAUGUAUUGUCUGUUAAAAUAGCAUCUGAUUAAUUCUAUUUUGAAUGUGAUUAAUUUUAAUUUUGUUUGAAUUAUCACUAAAUGUAACUCAGCUCCAGUUUUAACUAUGACAAAUGACUGAUGUAGGGCUAGAAAUUUAUUUGGUCAGAAAAGCAGGGACCUCUACUCUUCAGUGCGACUUUUGCUUCUUACUUUGUUAGCUUGUGAAAUGAUUAGUGUGAGAGCAAAAUCUUAAGUGUGCAGUUCUGUUGGGGAGAGGUUUAGAAAUUUUUACCAAUUAUUAAAAUAUGCAUUUUCCCUGUCUUUAUGAUCUGCGAAAACAAAAAAAAAAAACUUGUUCUUGUUUUGCAGUCAAAUAUUUUGUCAUUACUAAGUCAGCAUUUGGACAAAAAUACAGAAACAGAAAAAUGAAGUUACUUUGUUAAUUAAAAAGAUCUCCUUUAGCAGUCCAGCAAUUUGCAGCACUUAGCUUAGUAUUUUAAAGUGGUAUAUUCUUAUUCUCCAUCUGAAAAGUAAAGUAGAAAAAGUUCAAACUUAAAAUACUGUUGAGAGUAUGUUCUCAUCAGUGUUGGGUAAAAACAUUAUGUGGGAAAUGUACUUAUGACAUGAACCUUGUGCUGGUUUUUGGUCUGACUUCAAAAAACAAUGACACAAUGCUAAAGCCUCCACAUCACAAAAUCUGAAGAGAGCCAUUUAAAUACAGAUUUAACUAAACUUUAGUCAAGAACAAAAAAAAAUCUCCUUCUUAGAAGCUUUCUGUUUUCUAAUUAUCUUAUAUUUAGACACUAGAAUUACAACUCAUAUAUGGGCAAAAUUCACACUGUAACGUAAAAUGUAUUUAAAACUGAGGAUAAGUAUGUGAGUUACUCUGAAAGACAGCAAGAUAUUUAGUGGCUAUUGUGUUGCUUCUGUGAUUUUACAGGCUCUCUUCAAUGCUUAAUGGAAAAAGUACAUUUCCUCCAUUAUGCAUGUAAAAAGUAUUUUUUUGAUUUAUAUUUCCUAGUGAUACUGCAUUCUGACAAUUGUAUCUAGGUGUUAUUAAAUAAAGGAAUUUCUGCUGGGAUGAUCUGUAUUCAGGUGAUCAUGAUUAGACUGCUUCAUGAACAGUUUUG